AUGGAUUCCAACGGGCCACUGCGGGCCCUCGAUGAAUCCCAUCACCGCGAACUUCCCCAACUCUCCUUGCGCAUCGCGCCCUUGCGAGAACCCGUUGCUUCACGAACCCUCAGAGUUCCUUCUCCACUAGAGCCUAAUGCAAGUGGUGGAGUACGGGAGUCGCAGACGAUUUCAAAAACCAACGUCCCAACUGGGAACAAUACCCCUUCCACUACUAAAGAAGCUCUACCAACAGUGACCGAGUUUCUCAAUGCUGCUCGAACAAAAAAGACAGAUCCAGCAUCCAGCUCCCAGUCAAGUGCAGAGAGACCGCCCAAGCCAAUUCUUCCUGCUUUUGUAAACCUCCGCGCUCUGGAACGCGUGCCCUUCUCAUCAUCCUUUGAUGACAAUACUCUCCAUGGCCAACGCAAGAGAAGACGCCUAGAACUUCAGGCCGAAUCAUUUGGUGAACAUCUACAAUUGCCCAUUCCGCAAACUUCUCACAAGGAGCAACGCCCGCCCCCAUUUGGACCUUUUGCAAUCUUAAAUGGCUUGAAUGAACCGCCUCCCAACGCUGCCCUUCUCCCGCCUAUUGAAGCUGGCUCAAUCACCCAACUUCUCACGAAACCAUCGCGCGGCGAUGCUGCUGCCGCAACGGCCGUUGUGGACUCGAGCACCAUCGUAUCUGUCCAUGGCACUCUUGUCGAGGGUCAGUCUGUAGAACGAAGAGAAGCAAAGAUCGAGGAGCUUCUUGGCGCUACCCUUGACGAAAAUGCCGUUGAUAAUGUACAUACGGAAGAAGCUGGUCCACUUGUUCAUCCCGAGAACGCAUAUGUACCGAAGCCCGUGGUGAUUGAAAAAGAAGAACCUACAGCUAGUGGCGUUGCUUCGAGUGGUAAGCAAGAAGGAGGUGACCCGCUAUCGCCAAAGUCUCGAGGUCGAUCUCGCAAAAAUUUGCGCAAGUGGACCGAGGAAGAAACAAUGGCAUUACUUCACGGGGCAGUCAAGUGCGGGAUUGGUAAUUGGACGACAAUUCUCGCUCAGCCAGAACUCAAGUUCAACAAGCGGACGGCAUCUAACCUGAAAGACAGAUUCCGAGUUUGCUGUCCUUGGGCAUACCGCGCAUCUGACUCUAAUGAGGCAACCAAGCAAUUACGCGACUAUCUAGCCAACGCUCUUCACCAGGCACAAAUCGAAGGCUCUGAUGAAGUGCCUGUAAAAUCAAAAUUGCCGAUCACAAACCCCGCGACACCUGGCUCAGAGCCCGCCUCUAGAACUGAAAGUCCAAUAACGAGCUCUCACAAGCCUUCGGCAUCUAGCAUGUCACCUUCCACGCCUGACACGGAGGUUGGGUCAACAAGCACUCGGAAAAGCCCACCUACUAGGGUCACAGUCACACGUACACUCUCAGACGAAUCCCAAUCAACUCUCGAAUCUCUCGGUAUACCCAAACCCCACGUCGCUAAGAAAUCCAAACGUCGUUCCCGCAACCUGUUCACCAGUGCUGAGGAUGAAGCUUUGCUGAAGGGGUAUGCUUCACAUGGCUUUCAAUGGACUCUCAUCCAACAGGAUCCCGGGCUCAACCUAGGCCACCGUCGAGCAACGGAUCUCCGCGACCGUUUCCGCACCAAGUUUCCCAACGCAUAUCGUCAUGGAGGCUCUGUGAGCAGCAGCUCUGUCAAUCAAUCAAAACGAGAACUAGCUAGUACACCGGCACCCGUACCUCGUGAUCGUCUUACUAGCACCGAAACUACGCCGGUGAAUACACCAACGAAAAUUUCCGGAAUUUCUCGAUCAAGCACACACAGCCGGCACCCCUCCACGGCAUCGCAUUCCAAUAUUGGCCCCAUUGAUCCAUCAUUCUUACCCCCUCCUCCUGGCUUCGUUGAAUCAUCAACAAGCAAUCCUACCGCGGCUGCAAUGCUUUCGUUCCCGUUGGAUGAAAAUCCGGCUGCUUCGCCGUGGGAGGAUAAUACCCUUGCCCCUAUGAUCUGGGAUGACUUGAACUGA